CAGCAUCACACUGAGAUCGGCCCGAGUCUACAUGUAAAGCGGAAAAGAAGAAGAAGAAGAAGAAAAAUAAAUGGCGCGUUCCUACAUGUAAAGCGGAAAAGAAGAAGAAGAAGAAGAAAAAUAAAUGGCGCGUUCCUGGAGUUGUUACUUUGUUAAGAUGUCAAUUUAGUGCAUUAAUUUCAUGUUGUUGUGUUCCAUUGUACCCCAGCCGACCAGAAUGAAUUAUUUCUUCGAGCGUUGUUAAGGGAUUGUGCUUGUCUCUGGGGUUACAGUUAAGAGUGGGCGACUAUUAUAGUGCUUGGUGCAGCUCUUUACAUGUGAUCAGUGUGUUUUGGAGGAAAAUGCCUCUUAUUAAGCUCAGAGGAGUCACUGUGGACUUUCCCUUCACUCCAUACCCGUGCCAGGAGGACUACAUGAGCAAAGUCAUCGAGUGCCUGCAGAAUAAAGUGAAUGGAGUUCUUGAAAGUCCCACUGGCACAGGUAAAACGCUCUGUCUGCUGUGUUCAGCGCUGGGGUGGAGAGAGCACUUCAAAGACACCAUCUCUGCCCGCAAGAUAGCAGAGAGAAUGGGAGGUGCGGAGCUCUUCCCCGACAGACCGAUGUCAUCAUGGGGAACAGCAGCCACCGACGGAGACACUCCAACUUAUUACACAGACAUCCCCAAGAUCAUAUAUGCAUCCAGGACCCAUUCACAGCUGACACAAGUCAUCAGUGAACUGAAGAACACAUCAUACAGGCCAAAGAUGUGUGUUUUGGGAUCAAGAGAACAGCUCUGCAUAAACCAGGAAGUGAUGCGUCAAGAAAGUAGCCACGUUAAGGUUCACAUGUGCAGAGCAAAAGUAUCGUCUCGCUCCUGUGUCUUUUACAACAGUGUUGAUGAGAAAAGCACUGACAAAGAAAUCAUGAAUUCUAUUCUGGAUGUGGAAGAUCUUGUAAAAACAGGCAAAAAGCAAAGAGUGUGUCCAUACUACCUGUCACACGCACUUAAACAACACGCUGAUGUCAUCUUCAUGCCAUACAACUACCUGCUUGACCCAAAGAGUCGAAGAGCACACAACAUAGAGCUGAAAGGAGCUGUGGUUAUUUUUGAUGAGGCUCAUAAUGUUGAGAAGAUGUGUGAAGAGUCCACCUCGUUUGACCUCACCCCUUACGACCUGAUUUCUGCCAUUGAGGCCGUGGAUCGACUGCUGCAGGAACAAGCCUCAGACAUCAGCAAAGCAGAUUCUGCUGAAGAUUUUAAUGUGGAAUCGCUGAACUCUGGAUUGAAACUGGAUAUUACCACAAUUGCAAAAAUAAAACAAGUUUUGAUGGAUCUGGAAUCUUCCAUUAACGGUUUUGAGAUGCCAGCAAAUAGUCAAGGAAUCACCAAACCCGGCAGUUUCAUAUAUGAGCUUUUUCAAACAGCUCAUGUGAACUCUGAUACUAAAACAGCUGUGGUGGAAGCCAUGGAGCAGAUCACAGGAUAUUUAGCAGGGAGGCCUGGUGUCUUUCUGAACACUAGUGGACUACAGAAAGUGGCGGAUAUAAUCCAGCUGGUGUUUGGGGCUGAACCUCCAGAGGGCAGCAAGAAAUCACAGAUGGGAAACAGCAUGAAGGAGUUUAAGGUCCACAUUCAUCCAGACACCAGCAACUUCAAGAAGAAACAGGUGACUGAUGUAUGGGCUUCCUCCUCUACCAAAAAACAAGGGAAUGUGCUGAGCUACUGGUGUUUUUCUCCGGGGUUCAGCAUGCAGGAGUUGCUCAGACAGGGAGUACGCAGCAUCAUUCUGACCAGUGGAACCCUCUCGCCGCUCUCAUCCUUCACCUGUGAAAUGCAAAUUCCUUUCCCUGUAUCCUUGGAGAAUCCUCACGUCAUCCAGCGUGAUCAGAUCUUUGUCAGUAUCAUUGAAAAAGGUCCAGACGGUGUGCAGUUGAGCACAGCCUUUGACAGGAGGUUCGUUCCUGAAAACAUGUCUUCCAUGGGAAACACUCUGGUCAAUCUGGCACGGGUGGUGCCUCAUGGACUGCUGGUGUUCUUCCCCUCGUAUCCGGUGAUGGAUAAGACUCUGGAGUUCUGGAGGGCUAAUGGACAUGCCGAUCGCAUUGAGCAUGUGAAGCCCAUGUUUGUUGAACCGAGGAGUAAAGGCACUUUUACAGAGGUGAUUGAUGGUUAUUAUGACAAGGUGAACGACCCAAACUCCAGCGGAGGCAGCUUCUUCGCCGUAUGCAGAGGAAAGGCAAGCGAAGGGUUGGAUUUUGCAGACACGUACGGUCGAGGGGUUGCGAUCACUGGGCUUCCCUUCCCCCCCAGGAUGGACCCCAGAGUGGUGCUAAAAAUGCAGUAUCUGGACGAGAUGUGCAAGAAUAAAAUUAGUGGAGUGAAGUAUCUGUCUGGGCAGGAGUGGUACAGACAGCAGGCCUCUCGAGCCGUCAAUCAAGCCAUUGGCAGAGUGAUCCGGCACAGAGAAGACUACGGAGCUAUUUUCCUCUGUGAUCACAGGUUCACAGGCACCGAAGCCCGUAAUCAGCUUCCUUCAUGGGUGAGGCCGUAUGUUAAGAUUUAUGAUGGCUUUGGUACCAUGGUCCGUGAUGCGGCUCAUUUCUUUCGGACGGCGCAAAAAACUAGACCAGUUCCUGUUAGGAAAGAAAAAGAGGCCUGUAAAAAUCAGGCAGACACCGGGCCGCUCAACACAGGCUCCAGCUGUCCUUCUAAGAGUGUCUGGCUCAGUGACACCUCUCAAAAGGCCAAAACACUAGACUCACACAUCCCUAGCCUAAAGUGGAGAAAAUUAGAGUCAGAAGAGCAUUCUGGUCGGGAUGGAGCGGCCAGACUUUGCAUUCAAUAUGAGAUGGAGAUGACAAGUAAAAGGAAACCAGUCAGCCUGCUGGAUGCCCUGGAUGACACAACCAACAAGGGAGGGAGGGAAGACACCAUGGCUGGGGAAGAAAGACAUAAAAUGAGAUGUAAUGCAGAAUGUCGGAGCAGCUGUUUUCCAUAUAAUGAAAGUGCAUGGGGAUGUAUAUGGAAAUGGUCCAAAAGAGGACAACUCAUUGUGCAGGCGAGUCGCUUGUCGACUCUUUCUAAUGUGACUGAACCGCUCAUACAAGACCACAACACACACUGUCUGCUCAGAGGUCUUUAUCAGUUUAUUCGACCACACCAUAAGAAAGAGUUCGAUGAGCGUUGUUUGGAGUUAACAGGUGAAGGCUGUGGCUAUAAACAAGAGCAUUCGCUGUCCAGAGAGGAGCGAGAGGCUCUCGGGCAGAACACAGCAAAAAGUGAGAUGUCACCUGUGAAUCCACCCAGUGAGCAGCUGAAUUCGAGUCAACAGCUGAACCAAGGUGGUUCUCACCUGGUCAAUGGUGGGGAUGGUAAAAUUGGAGUGAAUGUGAGAAGUGAAGUCCAGAAGCCACAAACAUCCAUCAAAGAAGGUCUGUCGUGCUCCUCUCUGCUGUCAGACAUUAAACAGGCCAUCGGUGCAGAAAAAACCCGUCAGAUGUUUUUGGCCUUGCAGGCCUAUAAAACAUCAAACAAUUAUGAACAGAUGGUGUCAACUGUUGUGAGUUUAUUGACUGAGAGAGAUGAAGACAUCGCUCUACUAGAACGGUUGUCUGUGCUCAUUCGACCACAGCACAGGAAGCAGUUCGGUGAGCUGUUAAAAUCCUUGACCGGAAAUGAUUCUGUUGUGAACCAGAAUUCAGACAUGGGAUCAAGUCAACUAAAUCAAGCAUCUCAGUUAUCUGCAGGAAAGACUCAAAGCAAGAUAUCAUCCUUCUUUUCAUGAAUGCUGCUCUAAUAUAUUGCUCCAAGCUGCUCUAAGAUAUCAGUAUCUUCAUUUUUUUUUUUUUACAUAUAACAUGCAUGAAGAGAUUUAAACAGGAGAAUGUUGAAAAAAUGGCAUAACUGAUAUUUAUGUAAUUAUAUUUUGGCA